AUGGCUGCGUUGCUCUUUCUAAGCCUUCUUUCAUCACUCUCCUUCCAGUUUUGCUCUUGCGAUUCCCGAUGGCAGACUAUGACCACUGGAUCAUACAUGACACCAGAAAAUCAUGAAAGAAUCUUCCUUCUCUCACCAGAUAGCACCUUCUCUUGUGGCUUCCAUCGAGUUGGAACUAAUGCUUUCAAUUUCGCCAUCUGGUACACCACCGUGAAAACGGUUGUCUGGACGGCAAAUCCCUACUCGACUGUGAAUGGCUACAGUUCCCCAGUGAACCUUUACGGAUCCAGGAUAUCGCUGAAUAAGGAUGGAAACCUGGUCCUGACAGAUACCAAUGGCUCGACAGUAUGGGAAAGCAAGACAUCUUCAGGCAAGCACACAAUUGUUUCCCUCCUAAACACUGGCAACCUUGUAAUCAUUGAUUCUGGCAACAAAACUGUGUGGCAGAGCUUUGACUCACCAACAGACACCCUGCUCCCUAGGCAGAACUUGAAGAAAGACACAAGGUUAGUCUCUGGUUACCAUUACCUCUAUUUUGACAACGACAACAUCUUGCGCCUAUUGUAUGAUGGCCAAGAGAUCACAAGCAUCUACUGGCCAAGGUUAGAUUACAAUGCACUGGCAAACGGACGCAAUAGAUAUAACAGCACCAGGGUAGCAUUUCUCGAUGACGAGGGUAAUUUUGUGUCAAGUGAUGGGUUUAAGAUAGUGGCUUCAGAUUCAGGCCCCGGCGUCAAGAGGAGGAUUACAAUUGAUAAAGAUGGCAAUUUCAGAAUGUACAGCUUGGAUGCAUCGACAUGGAGUUGGGUGAUCACGGGGCAGGCUGUAAUACAGAUGUGCUAUGUGCACGGAUUAUGCGGUAAGAAUGGUCUUUGUGACUACUCAGAAGGCCUUAAAUGUAGAUGUCCUCCAGAACAUGUAAUGGUUGAUCCAACAGAUUGGAACAAGGGAUGCAAACCGACAUUCACAAUUAGUAGCAAGCAACCACCUGAGGACUUCACAUUUGUUAAGCAACCUCAUGCAGACUUCUAUGGCUUUGAUCUAGGCUCUAACAAAUCCAUCUCGUUUGAAGCAUGUUGGAACAUUUGUUUGAACAUCGACUCAUGCAUAUCUUUCACAUACAUUGGCGGGGAUGGUUGGUGUUACACUAAAGACAUACUCUACAAUGGUCAGGUAUACCCGUAUUUCCUUGGCGACAACUACAUGAAAGUACCGAAGAGUUUCAACAGUUCAGCAUUCUCAAUCUCCAAACAAGAAAAUAUGUAUGGAAUAAAGAGGGACAACAUAAAGUGGAUAUACUUCUAUGUCUUUACUGCAAUAUUGGGAGCUCUAGAGGUUCUUGUUAUUGUGACAGGGUGGUGUGUUUUUUUCAGAAAUAGUAACAUGCCCAAGUCAAUGGAGGAUGGAUACAAGAUGAUAACAAGCCAUUUCAGGCGGUUUACAUACAGAGAAUUGAGGGAAGCAACUGGAAAGUUCAAAGAAGAGAUUGGGAGAGGAGGCACUGGAAUUGUUUAUAGAGGAGUACUUGAAGAUAAGAGAUUAGUGGCAGUAAAGAAACUUUCAGAUGUUGAGCAGGGAGAGCAGGAAUUUUGGGCAGAAGUGACUCUAAUUGGAAGGAUCAAUCACAUGAAUUUGGUCAGGAUGAUGGGAUUUUGCUCAGAAGGGAAAAACAGGCUAUUAGUAUAUGAGUAUGUGGAGAAUGGGUCACUAGACAAGUACCUCUUUGGUGAGAGAAUUACUGAAAGUCUGCUCGGCUGGAGGCAAAGAUACAAGAUUGCCUUGGGCACAGCAAGGGGUCUUGCUUAUCUUCAUCAUGAAUGCCUUGAGUGGAUUGUCCUUUGUGACGUGAAGCCAGAGAACAUACUCCUAACUCGAAAUUUCGAUGCCAAAAUAGCAGACUUUGGAUUAGCCAAGCUUGCAAAGCGAGAUAGUUCUAGCUUCAAUUUCACCCACAUGAGCGGCACAAUGGGCUACAUGGCACCAGAAUGGGCGCUGAAUAUGCCGAUCAAUGCGAAGGUCGAUGUUUACAGCUAUGGCGUUGUGCUUCUAGAGAUUGUGACUGGAACUAGGGUUUCAAGUGGCAUAAUUGUCGAUGAAACACAAGUUGAGUUUCCAGACUUUAUCGAGAAGGCUAAACAGAUCCUGGCUACCGAGCGUAUCACUGAUCUAGUGGACGGCAAACUGAAGGGGUGUUUUGAUCCAGAGCAGGCUAUUGCAAUGGUGAGAAUAGCUGUUUCGUGCCUUGGAGACAGAAGCAAGAGGCCUACAAUGGACAAAAGCAUGAAGGCUCUUAUGGCAUAUGAUGAUGAAGACGACCAUCCUGCCUAUGCAUAUUAA